CACACAGCUGCUCAACAUUAGCCUGAUGCGCAUUAGAGCGUCCAACAUUUUCAUUCUUCAAUGCAUUGUUGGUUUGUUUCGCAACAAACCAACAAUUUGGAACCGAAGAGGGACAGUGAACACAUGGACUAAAAAUGAUCGGCUGUGUCUCAGCACUAAUGGAGAUGGAAGUGAUGGAGACCAAGCAGUGAGAUUUAGGAGGACUCGUCUCGUCGGGGUUGCUUGUAAAUCGCUUGGAUCUCUGGUCUUCGUCAGAGUGCACAGGGGGGCCGCGCUCUGUGCUACUGUUUACAUGUGAAUGACACCAUCCAGCCGGCCCCAGCCCAGCAGAGAGCUCAGAGACGGGUUGGAGUCCUGCGGGGAGAUGCCUUCCCUGCACCACGGAGCAAUCUUCGUCGGAGCCUUCCUCAUUGUGACCGGGGGCUCCACAGCCUUCCUGGCCUCCUACCAGAGCCGCCUGCAGGCUUUCUCGCUGUGCUGCGUGGUGCUGGGGGUGGUCAUGCUCAUCCUGGGACUCUUCUGGGCCAUGAACAGCAAAAACGUGGUGAACUACAACCAGCGGGACUUCGACCCGGACUGUCUCCAUUACCCUUACAACGACUACUCCAACUACUCCAGCCAUGCUCUCUUCUCUCCUCAGCUGACUCGGUUCCCAGAGUCCCAGUCCGUGUUUCUGCCCAGGACGAUGGAGAGCCAGAGGAACGCUACUCAUCGUGAAGAUUUCGACUAUCCACCCAUGGACUGUGGUGGGUUAAGCCCAGCACCUCGCCCUCCACCCUGGCUGGAACCCCCGCCUCCGUAUGAGGUUGCCAUCAAGACCACCUGUAGCUCUACACACCUGCGGCGUGCAUAUUCAGACACACACCUGGCAUCAGAGCCCUUAUUUGGACAGUCGAGAGAGAUUAGCUUUGAGGUGUGACACGCCCUCUUCUAAAACGGGCACAAAUUUGAUGCUAGCUCCUGCCUUCGCGAUUCAUUUGAAGCCUACUUCUUGCUAGUUUACUGCAUGUUUUUUCUACAAUAAAUACCUUAAACAUGAUAAAGGUAUUAUGGGCCAAAUAAAGCAUUGUAAGCCGAUGCAUGUUGCUCUUCAUAAGCCACGAAGAUCAACAUGCUAGCAAACAAUUUCAACAAUUUGCUAGCAAACACUGAGCUAGCUUAAAUAUCAUCCUUACAUUCCAAACUGAGUACUACGUUGUUUUUCUUGGGAUCAUUCUUGGAUGAUUUGUAUCAUAAACAUGUAUUAGAGGCAAUAUUAUUACAAAUUAAGUAUGAGCUGAGAAGCAGCCACAGCAUGUUAGCCUAGCUUAGCAAAACACAGUGAUGAGGUGAGUUUUAAUGAUGGCCGAGUAACAAAAGGUUAACCAACCCAAUUAAUGGUGACAUGCCUACUGAAUUUCUUUUUUUUUGUUGAAAUCUUUUUUACUGAAUAUCAAUUCUAAACCAAGACUGUUCACCUCUAUUUGCAUGAGGCUAAAUCAUUUAAACGGGGCAAAGCAUCAAUCAUACAUACCACUGAGCUUUGACAUAGCUUAAACAAUUAAAAGUAAGAAGUUACAGACCUUAACUUCUCUGACUGAAGCUAUGUUACUGUUAUUUAAGCUUAAUGUGUGUUUCUAAAACUGCGAUGUGUAGGGAAGAACAGAGAUUGAUUCACUUUUGGAGCUAGAUUUAAGGGGACAUUUUGAGGAAAUGCUUUUUAUUUGAUCCCUUUCCCAGUCUAAAAGUGGAUCUCAAAAGGCUAUGCCAAAAGUUUCAAGAUUUUGUUGCGUAUAAUGCAUUGUCCGGUGUUUUCCCACGUACAACGUGCUACAUAGCCAUCACAAUUGAACUGAAAAAGUAACAGAUUUCCUCGAAGUGGGCAGGAAAACGAUAAAAGAUGCAAUAUUCUGGUUGCACAUGUGCAACCAAGCUUUUUAUAGGUAUUAUUUGAAGCUUGUUUUGACUCAAUUUCAGCAUUUAGUCUUUUGCAUAAGUCUGUCAGCAUCUCAACAUAUUUGCCCACUCUACCUUCUUAUCCAGCUAACAUUUUCAGAGUCUCUCAGAUUGUCCACUGCUGCCUUGAGGCGACCCAACUCUCUUCCUGACAAGUUUACUUCUAGGUUUUGGCUUACCCAUUCCAAAUCUUUUAAGCUUCAUCUCAUAAAACAUUCGUAUUCGUUGUUUUGGAUUUGGAUGUAUAUUUUGGUGUGAUGAGGGGUUAUACUGCCAAGCUGAGACUGACCACACUUACACUUUAAAUCAGCAACCAAGCAGUUUGAGGAUUUCCAGAAGCACAUAGAUCAAAUGUUGGAUAAUGAAUGUAAAGAAAACCAAAGAUGUUGAUUAAUGGCAAUCAACAAAACUUGCCUUUUUUUAAUUAUCUCUCUUCAAAUCAAAUCGAAACAAUCUCAAGAUGCGACCCUCUGAGAACUCUGGCUCCGUUGCAGACGAUUUGACGCAUACGACAGUGGAUUGUUGUUGUUUUUUUUUUUCAGAUUUGCAGCUUUUCAACAGCAAACCAACAAGGUCGCUAACCUUGUUGGUCACACUUUGACUGAAAAGAGUUAGCAGUGACGGAGACCUCGUCACAAAAUACCAACAUUCCAUACCAACAAUACCAGGAGUUCAGAUAAAGAAGUGUGACGAACGGUUGUUUUCUAGGUAAACGCUGUCCGUGUAGUUGUAAGCAAACCUUUACGUGCCGAGCUUUGACAAUCACUUUGGGCUUAAUGGGGAAAACAUCAGCAGCUGAAAUGAUGUUCACCUCCUUCAAUUGCCUCGUAGCAGCAGAAGCAAGCAGAAGGUUCAAAAACCUGCUUUAAUUCAACAAAUACUCGUGUACACUUACUUUCUGGGUGACUGGUUCUAUUUUUUUUGUUGUUGUAUUUUUUUUUCACCUGCAAAGUUGUGCGUUUCUCUUUUUUUUGUGAAAAAAAGAGAAAAGUCUCGAACAAAUGCUUGUCUCGUUUUUUCCAUUUGUGUGCUGAGCUUAUUCUCCUCCUCAUUGUGCUGGAAACCUGGGAACACUGACUCAUCUGACCACAUGCGCUCCCAUGUGCUCCACAGACCACUGCCCUUCUUUGGCGUCGCAUCCUCUGCUUUGAAACAUUACGACAUGGCCGACUGCAGUCGUACCUUUUGGUGUUUUUUUUCCAUUUUACAGAAUGACACCAGAGUGGUCGAAUCUGAAUCGGUUUUUGAGGUGCGACCUUCUUUCAAAGACUUUUAUCUCUGACGUCGCGACGCGGAAAUCGACUUCCAGCAUUCAACUGCAACUUGAAAGGUUUACACAUGUAUCCACUUUAACUUGUACGUGUCGUGUUUAUUGUUUCCUUGUUUAUACAAAUGUGUGCUUCAUUUCUGCACAAAAACUGAAAACAUCAACUGGAAACCAUUAUCCGAGGUCAUAAGAAAAACGAUUCAGACGGAGUCCAAGCAGGCAAAAAAAACAACAACAAAAAAAAACUCUGGAUGACUGACACUGAGUGCAUAACACUGCCAUCACCAUACGUUGCACUAUUCACUGUAAAGGAAGAAGCUGCGGUGCACUCUGAUCUCUGACUGAACAAGCACAAUAAAUGCAGCCUGCAGGAUUCACAAAAGUAGAAACAAAAUUGCUGUGUGUGCAUGUUUAAUGUGUCUGAAUAUUACUAUUAGUCUUGAGAAAAUGCAAAUGGACAUCUAUGUCAGAUGUUGAGAGUGUAUUAAUUUUCUUGAAUAAAACAC